AUGCAGCUCCGCUCCGGGCCGGGCGCUCUCGCCCCCCCCCUGCUCGCCCUCCCCGCGGCUUUCGGCCUCAGCGGCGCUGCGGCGUUGGAGGACAACCCACUGCUGCUGGCGGCCGUGCUGCUCCUGGCCGCGCUGCUCGCCCUCAUCUACUUCGCCAGCGCCGGGAGCUACUUCCAGGACCCCCUGUUCUGUGUGUUCGUGGUGUUCUCCUUCGUCUCUGCCGUCGACCUGAUCAUCUCCCUGGAGGAGGAUGGCUUCGUUUCGGGCUUCGCAGAGGUCUACGUGAGAGAGGGUGAGCCGUACCUGCGCACCGCACACGGCAUCAUGGUCUGUUACUGGGACGGCAUCGUGCACUAUGGGCUGUACCUUGCCAUGAUCGCAGCCAUGAGCCAGCGGAAGAGCUAUAGGAGCCUGGGUCUCUUCUGGCUGGGCUCUCUGGUGAUGAGCAUCCUCGUCUUCCUGCUUGGGAACCUGAUAGGCAAAUACAGCUCCGACAUCAGCGCUGCCUUCCUGCUCAACCUGCCCUACGUCCUCAUCCCCAUCUGGGCGGGCACGCGGCUCUUCCAUCAGCCCAGGGCCGUGCCAAGCCUCACAGCAGAGCAGAUUGAACAGGAGCAACGCAGGUGGCUGCACCAGCGGCCCCACGACCUGGCGCUGGUGCUGGUCCUGCUGCUGGUGGCUUCCUUCACCUUCUUCAGGGGGAUGGUGGUGUUGGACUGCCCCGCCGACUCCUGCUUCGAGUACAUCUACCAGCACGAGCCCUACCUGCGCGACCCCGUCGCCUACCCCAAAGUGCAGGCUGCUCCUGGCUGCCCGACUGGAGCCUGGUGUUCGCUGGGGCCAUUGCACAGGCUCAGUUCUCCCACGUGGGCUCCUCGCUGCACGCCCGCACGCCCUUCCCGUACCAGACCCCCGAAGACGUCUGCUGGAGUUUCCUCAUCACCAACGUCCUCUACGCGCUGGGGCCGCUGCUCCUGGCCCUCCGCUGCCUGCACAGCCCCGCGUUCUUCCUGCCCACCGCCCCCGGCAGCUUGUGGGGGGGCAAGAAGCACCAGUGAGCUGCCACCCCCCCCCCCCCCCCCCAUGAGUUGCUGCUGGGGAGGGAUCCCCUGCGAUGCUCCGGUCCCCCCCAGUGUUCCCCCUGGUGCGCUGGGGGGACCCAGUGUGCUCUGUGUGCAGCCGGGCGGCCUGGGGGGGUCUCACUGGUAG